CUAAUACGGCCCGUAUACUCGAUAGACCUUCCCGACUACACCGGAUUAAAGACAGCCCAAAAUGGCAGCAUCCUUACGGUGACUUUCCACAACCCGUCGUCUCCUAUCAACUUAUGGAAUCUGGACACACAAAACGAUUUGAUCGACCUAGUAUCCCGUCUGCAGGAAAAUAACAAGACCAAGGUCGUUAUUUUUAACAGUGAUGUGCCUAGAUUCUUCAUGGCUCAUCUCGACCUCUCUUUG